AUGGCAGGCCAUACUCUUCACUUAACGAAGGGAAUUUAUCUCUCGGGCUGGGCGUUCGUUUUCUGGUGGUUUGUCAUCCUCGUUGUGCAUAUCGUGACCUGCAUCUACAACGCACUAUACGCCUACUGCUAUUUGAAACUGGAGGACACUUUCCUGAACCUCUAUCUUGACUCUUUCAAUAUCGGCAUGCCAUCUCUGUACCACCUACCGGUUGCUAUCGUGCACGCGACCAUGUCGGCGCUUCAUUGCAUCUGCAUCUUACUCAUGCUUGUUGGAUCAGUUUGGCAGCGGUCGUUGGCGUUUACACCGUGGUCAUCUUGUAUUCCAGGCUCGACCAACGGAUUCAACAAUGAUCGUACGACCAGUUCUGCUCUUUUCCGGAGCUUCUCAAAAGCGUAUACGAAGAUAACGACUCCGUGCGGAGUCUGUGGAGUUAAGGGCGAGUACUUUUACGUGGUUUUGAUUAGUCGCGAGCUUGUGGAGACAGCGCUGCAGACUGUACAAGCUUAUCGGAUGAGCCUGCUCUUGCCGCGGAUGCUGCUUAACAGAUUUUACGUCACUUUGCUUGUAGUCAAUUGCUGGUCGUCACGUGAUGAGGGGCGCAGACGAUUCACUUGUAUUGCAUUGGACUGUGUGCUCGACCUUAUGGCAUACAUGGGAGUGGAGAUCAUUGUUGUACUGAGUUACGUGGGUCAGUACGAUCCGAAAUUCUUGGGCUUCCCUGAGAUUAUUUGGUAUAACGAUGAGUGGGUAGCUCGUGAGUUGAACGAGUGUCAGAUGAAACUCGUUGUCUCCUGGUGGGAUCUGGCCAGCCGUGCCAUCUUCUCACUGGGCCUUGUCAUGACCACUGCAAGUAUGAAGACGUUGUUCGUGUCGAAACUGAAAGACGAGUCCACGUUGAACCAACUGCAAAUGAAUUUGCGGUUUCGUGCGGGGAAAUUGCUGCAAAAAACAGUUCACACAGUGUUCGCGUGCUGGGGAAUGUUAGUAUUGGGGCUUCACAUUCAAGCCUCUCUGCAGCCGACACUUCCCCAAUGUUUAAUGCAGGUUAGACCUUGGGGUGUAACUCGUCCAUCGUGUUACCUGGUUGGACUAGAUUGCUACAGACUUGGCAUCGAAGGUAGAAUGAUUGAAGUUGAAGAAAAGUGGAGUGAGUUCGACAGCUCCACCGUCGUGCAAUUGCUUAUUCGCCACUGCCCGGCGCUGGAAAUGCCCACAUCUUCACUGAUGUACAAAGCAACUAUCGAUGAGUGGGGUGAAUCUGCUGCCAUUACCAACACCAACCACCCGGCAAUGACUUCGCUGAUGAUCGUCCGAGUCAAUAUGACGGAUGGUCUCCUGCCUGAAGGCUUCCAGUCGGCCGAUUUUCCCCAAACUUUGUAUGUCUUUGAGUUUUGCGUGACGAAUCUUCGAACACUUCCGGAAGACCUGGACACCAAGUGGCCGCUGUACUCGAUUAUCCAGCUGGAGUACAGCCAGUUAACCGUCGUGCCUCCGGUCUUGGCUCGCCUCGAGCCCUACUAUAUAGCACUGACUGGGAACCGGAUCAGAGAAAUUCCCCCCGAGGUGUUUGAGGUCCAAGGCAUGCUUUUCCUCAGCAUCAGCAACAUGCAGAUCACUGAACUCCCACAACAAGUUACUCAACUGUCGUCAGAGCUGUCGUGGAUCUUCAUCGGCGACACCAAUAUUUCAUUCUUCUGGGCGUGGACUGAUGAACUUGUGGAGCGCAUGAAAGGCAAAGCCUAUCCGUGGCUAGCUGGGCCUUCUCCAUAUUGCGACGACCUUAAAAAGAUCGUGAACGGCUCAGCCACUGCGUUUAGCGUCCCUUUAUCGCCCGAGUACUCGCAGACGCUCAUGGACCCGUCCGAGGUCAAUCGAAACGUAAUCCUGAAGGCUGUCCGUUGUGACCCCACCAUUCACGGUCUGUUCUACCCUCUUGAAAUGGAAGACAACAAUAACGCUAUUAGCACUCCACCUCCACUAGCGAGACAAGGAUGA